CGUGGGAGCAUCGAUCUCUUUCAAUAGGCGGACUCGCUACGGGGAGGAGCCACGGAGGGGCGGGCUUCGAUGGGAGUGGCUGUAAAGGAGAUACGAUAGAGUGGGCGGGAUGUAGAGGCAGGUUCGCUGGAGUAGAGCAUCUCUAACAGAGGCUCGGCUAAUAGCUAGGUUUCAGAACCGAUGCUGAGUCAGGUAGAGGUUUCAGGUGGAGUCACAUCCUGCUCGGUUUGGACCCUCCUAAAAUUAUGGAGGAGCUUGAACAUACCUGUCCGCUGCCGCGAACGACUCUUAUAGAACCAGCCAUAUUUACAACAGAGACGAGUUGUGAGUGUCAGGCACCACAUGAGAAGCUUACGAUAGAUCAAGCUCGACUCGGAACACCCGUGGACAGACCGGUGCGAAUCUAUGCAGAUGGGAUCUUUGAUCUUUUCCAUUCGGGUCAUGCCCGUGCCCUGAUGCAGGCUAAGAAUCUGUUCCCUAAUGCUUAUCUAAUAGUUGGAGUAUGCAGCGAUGAGCUCACUCACAAAUACAAGGGCUUCACAGUAAUGACCGAAGACGAGCGUUACGAAGCUUUGAGACACUGUCGCUACGUCGAUGAGGUUUUGCGUGACGCACCCUGGACUCUGACGCAAGCGUUUUUAGAAAAACACAAGAUUGACUUUGUAGCGCAUGAUGAUAUCCCAUACUCCUCUGCUGGAUCUGAGGACGUAUACAAGCAUAUUAAGGAGGCAGGUAUGUUUGUGCCCACUAAAAGGACAGAAGGGAUCUCAACGUCCGACCUGAUCACACGGAUAGUGAGGGACUAUGACGUGUACGCCAGGCGCAACUUGCAGAGGGGCUAUACAGCAAAGGAACUAAAUGUUAGUUAUAUCAAUGAGAAGAAGUACCGUCUUCAGAAUCAGGUGGACAGGAUGAAAGAAAAGGUGCGGACGGUAGAAGAGAAGUCCAAACAUUUUGUCUACAGAGUGGAGGAGAAGAGCCAUGAUCUCAUUCAGAAGUGGGAAGAGAAAUCGCGAGAGUUUAUCGGCAACUUCUUGGAGCUCUUUGGUCCAGAUGGAACAUGGCAGAUGUUUCAGGAUCGCAGCGGUCGAAUGAUCCAGGCGUUCUCCCCUCACUGCUCACCCAGCAGCAGCCCUCCGAGAGAGUUUUCUCCAUCACGCUCUCCAUCACCCCCCUCCCGCUGGGCCAUGCCCAGAACCUCACCACCCUCCUCCCCGAAAGGUGCUUCGGCCUCCAUCAGCAGCAUGAGCGAAGGCGACGAGGAUGAGAAAUGAGGGAUUGACCAUCACACGCUUAUUUAAUAGAUUGCACUUUACCUUAACACACCCACCUACACAAUAACACACUGGAACUGGCAGUCCACACAACUUCCCUCAUGGAAACUUGAACGUGUACACAGUGCAGGAUUGUCCUGUUUAGUUAAGCUGGUAUCACAGCGAAUUUCUGAAAGCCAUUGCAGCUCCUUUCUAUCCUUGACACAGACAGAAGAUGGAAGUUAAAUCAGAAUGAGUUACACAUGUCUGUAGUUUUUGCGUACACUUUCAUUACAACAAAACGUGGUUACACUUUAUUUUACAGUGCCCAUGUUACAGUGUAAUUAUACAUUUAAGUAUUGAGUAAUAAUAAUUAACUACAUGUACUUACUAUAGGGUUAGGGUGUGGUUUAGGGGUAAUUUUGCAUAAUGUACAGUUAACACAUGUAACGUGUAACAAGGGCACCGUAAAAUAAAGUGUUACCCAAAACGUACAAAAAUGAUCGUAAUUUGCAUAGAAAGCUUUUUAAGCUUUAAAGACUGACAAUGCCAUUAUUUAAAUAUGGCAAGGGUAAUCCAGUGCGUUUAGUGUCUGGUUCAACCGGAUUGUGAGUGGACAGUGAAGCACGUUUUGUGCCGAAGUGCCACAAGAGUUUAGAAAAAUAUGAAUCUAUUAAUAAGAGGACGAUGACUGUACGAAUGAUUCUGUCGUCUAUUGCUCAGGACUGGCAUAUUGGAACUGCAUAAAUACACCUUUUUCUGUCUAUUGUUUUCGUGUCAUGUCUGACCCACCUCAUGACUGUGUCAAUGCAGAAGCGCAGAUGAGGACACCGCUAGCACUUGCUGCGCUUUUUAUGCAUGAAUAUUUAGUUGUCAUUAACCUGUUUGUCUUGUGUGUUACUGCAGCCUUAAAUAUAGAGCUAAAGCGUAUGACACAAAUCAUCCAGUCAAAAAGAUGGAGAUCUAAUCAAUUUUAGAAUGAAUUUGAGGGACAAUGCAUUUAUUGUGAGCUGCUCAAGUUACCCCACAUUACUGUAUGUUAAACCUUCUGUAUCGUCUAGUUAUGUCAUUAUAUGUAUGCAACACUCACAUCAAGUUACUUAAUAUCCACUCUGUAAAAACUUG